CCGGCUUUUUUAGGAGGGAGACCCUCCUUCGCGGCCGCCCGCUCGCAGCCAUGGCUUUGAAGGAGGCGGGCGGCAGCAUCCUGCCCAUCAGCGACAUGGUGUCGGGGCCGUCGGGCUCGCCGUUCCCCGAGGUGGUGGAGCUGAACGUGGGGGGCCAGGUGUACGUGACGAGGCACUCCACGCUGCUCAGUGUCCCGGACAGCACGCUGGCCACCAUGUUCUCCCCGUGCCGGGGCGGCCCGGCGGCAGCUCGCCAGCUGCCCAGGGACAGCCGGGCGCGCUUCUUCAUCGACCGCGACGGCUUCCUCUUCAGGUACGUGCUGGAUUACCUGCGGGACAAGCAGCUGGCGCUGCCCGAGCACUUCCCCGAGAAGGAGCGGCUCCUGCGGGAGGCCGAAUACUUCCAGCUGGGCGACCUGGUGAAGCUGCUGUCGCCCAAGGUCACCAAGCAGAGCUCGCUCAACGACGAGGGCUGCCAGAGCGACCUGGAGGACAGCAACUCGCAGGGCAGCAGCGACCGGCUGCAGCGGGCGGCGCUGGACAAGCGCUCAGGCUUCCUCACCGUGGGCUACCGCGGCUCCUACACCACGGUGCGGGACAACCAGGCAGAUGCCAAGUUCCGUCGCGUCGCCCGCAUCAUGGUGUGCGGCAGGAUCGCCCUGGCCAAGGAGGUCUUCGGGGAGACCCUUAACGAGAGCCGCGACCCCGACCGCCCCCCCGAGAAGUACACCUCCCGCUUCUACCUCAAAUUUACCUACCUAGAGCAAGCUUUCGACCGGCUCUCCGAGGCGGGCUUCCACAUGGUGGCUUGCAACUCCACCGGCACCGCCGCAUUCAUCAACCAGUACAGGGACGACAAGAUCUGGAGCAGCUACACCGAGUACAUCUUCUUUAGUGAUGGCCUUCACAAAAGUUGCUUCUAGCUGGAGACAGGAGACCAGGAGGCAGGAGACCUUGCUUCACAAGGCUGCAGGCAACGUAACAUACCUUCUGUUAGCUUGUCCUCUUUGUGAGGAAAAAGCGUAAUUUAUAUUUUUAAGCUUGUUUAUUUGUGUUCAUGGGGUUUUUUUUUGAGGUUCACUGUAUCUCUCAGUACUGUUGUGCAAUGUAGCGUUGCCUGUGCAUGCUAUUAGUGUUUUUUUCUUCUGUAGAAUCUAAUUGGUCUUAAUGGAUUUUACAUUUAACAUCUGCUACUCAAUCUGACUUACGGGUGUUGAGAGCAUCGUGCUCAGCUGGAAGCUCUCUGUGCUGAACUGACAGAUUUAUUGUAAGAAAAAUGCAGUAAUAUUUCAUGCAAAAAUUUUUGACGUGUUCUAUUUUGACAUUCCUGUAUCACAUGUGACAAUAUCUUUUUCUUGUCUCUUGCUUUAAACAGGUGACAUUUGCAUGAAUUUAUGGUGCUUAUUUUCCACUUGAAGUCACAGCAGUCUGAGAUGAUAUGUGUUGCUGUGGAAAUUGUCAUAAGCAAGUGAUAAUAAUUCCGUAAUCAGUGGGGAAUAAGCAGUUGGAAGCAAUUAACUUUUAGGAAACAAUAUGGAAUUUUGAAAAAAACAAAACUCCCAAACCUGCAAAACCACAGCACCAAACCCCCUAAAAAAACUCACCCACAACAAAACCUGGCUGACAGUUGAAACAUGGGGAACAAACAUGUUCACAAAAUACUUUGAAGUGUUAGUUGCUCUGUGAAUGCUAAAUUCAGCUCAUCAUUCCUGAGGAAAGUGAGGGGUUGGUGGGUCAGCAGAUAAACUGCUCUUCUGAGGGUAGAGUGGUAUAAAAGCCACACUGCAUGUGGUUUCUGUGACCAUGCCAAGUUGCUCUCUGUCCAUCAUGUUGCAGUGGAAACUGUCAUGAAGAGUUAAAUCAGUAUCACAAGCAUGACAUAGGAAAGUUUCAGAUUUGACAGUCUCAAGAUCUCAGAAAGUUAUUUCUGGUAGGACUACUGAGCAAAGCCCUUUAAAGAAAGACUCUGUAGGCAGUUCUGGUCCUGUGACUGGAAAACUGACAUAAAAGUUAAGGAUUUUCUGCUUUGUGAUUCCAGAUGAACUUUAAUAAAGUUUAAAAAUAAAUAAAUAAUAGACUACUCUUUAUUUGUAUUUUUUUCCAAAAAGAUAUGUCUCUGAAUGUAAAGGAAUGAAUCAAAGUGUACAGUCAUAAAUUACUAAUAUGAGAAUAUCUCUCAUGCCACCACUUGACAUAACAUAUGCUAAUCUAGACUACUGAAACUGGUGUUCUCAUUUUAGUGAUAAUUUCAACCAGGAAACUUCAUUUGAGAAUGAUUUUAAUAUGUGAGAUUAAAAAGAAGCUUCAACAAAUUCAUUCUUUUAAUAAAUAAAUAAGGAAACCAACCUGCAUUCCUCUACAGUGAAAAACUGUGCCAGAAACCUUUGGAGUUUUCUUACGCUUCAGUAGAAAUGCACAAGACUCAAUGCAAAGAUUUGUGAUUAAAUUUUAAUCACUAUAUCCAAUUCCUAGUCUUAUUACAAUAAAACAUUUUUUUUUUCAGUACUUUAGAGCCACUUGAUAUUUGGAUCUGAGGAUUGGAACUGUUGUGCAGUAUUGUAAAAGUAAAAUUAGGGAUUAACUGAGAAAAUCAACUAUCCUGGAUGUUGCCAGAAUCAAUACUAAAUAAGCAAUAAGCACCUUGAUACAAGCAGCUGGUAUUUAUGAUGCUGGGAAAUGGAAACACACUGGGUUUUGAUAUUACCCUGGACUUGCACUUCUUGUGGAUUAUGUGGGAACAGUGAUGGUGUUGAAGAAGCUGACUUUGCUGGAUCUGUAAUAUUUUGCAGGAAAACUGCUUCUUGGUGUCAGAUCACUUCAUGCAUUUUCGAGGAUUUAUGACAGUAGUUGCAAAUAAAUGUUUACUUUUCCACAGUAGUAUGAACAAAUCACAUUUUAUUCUUUAUUGUCAACAUGAACUUCUAGUUAUCUGCUGUUCAAGUGCAGAAUUUAUGUGUACAAAAGUUUUCUGUAUGAUACUGUGCCAGGCACAUGAUUUAAAAUUAAAAUGUUGCUGCUAAUAAAAUACAUUUUUCAAUAUACUUGAUUUUUCAACAUGAUAUGGCUGGUAUUUCACUGCUUUUUUUUUUUUGUUCCUUUGCAUCAAAUACCCCAGUUGUUACAUUGUGAUGAGAAUUUGUGUGUCCAAGAAAAAUUCACUAAGCAUUACACCAAGAGAGAUUUCAUAGACUCUCACAUUAUCCUCUUUCUGCCACAGUUCCACAUUUAAACAUAGGUUUCCAGAAAGGAAAAACUGCUCAGGCAGCUCUUGCAGAUGUCAGAAGUAGUAUGCUAUGAGAAGUGGCAGAAAGAAACGCUCUCUUCUUGGUCCAGGUGAGCAUCACUAUGGCCUAAACAAAAUGACCAGAAAUAAUUGGUCAUGUUUGAGUGUGUUACCAGUUUAAGGGCAAAAUCUAUGAAGCCAGAUACCUAGAUGGGCACAGAGGGUAAGUGUAUAAGGUGGUGUGCAGCCAUCUCAUGCUUCUGGGAUCCUGGGCUACUUGAGACUUGUGUGGUACCCAGUGUAGCUCAGAAACAGCUUAUCAUUGUCCUCCAUUGUCUCAGCAACUAGGCAAAUCCUGGGUGUCAUUGCAGAGAAAGAAAUAGCACAGCACAGAUUUACCCUCUGAUUUUCCAUCUCCAGUUUUAGAUUACUUUAUUGCCAGUCAUGCAGGAAGUCUGCACAGAGUUAAGUUAAUCAAGGCUAUGUCUGCAGGGCUUUUCCAUGCCACAGACUGGUUAUUUGAUUGGUGCUUGUUUCAUAGAAUCACAGAAUGGUUCGUGUUGGAAGGGACCAUAAUCAUCACCUAGUUCCAGCCGCCCUCCCCCUGCCAAGGGCUGGGACACCUUCCAUUAGACCAUAUUGCUCAAAGCCCUGUUGACUUGGUGUAACUGUUGAAAAAAGCAGGACUCACUAUCCUAGCUAACAUCCUAAACUGGGAUGUUACUUUUAUAUCCAAGGAUGAUUUUAUUUCAUUUCUGUCUAUCAGAUCCUUAUUUCUUAAGGCAGGUAGAAUACUAACAACACUCAAAUCAUGGCUCUUUUAUAAACUGAGCCAGUGGUACUUCAGUGGAAAAUCCUUAAAAAAAUGACCAGGCAAAUUUCAUU